AUGUUGAUCCUUCUAGAGUUCGAGAAGAAGAAGAACGUUGUUUUGACAGGAAGAAAGAUCAUUGGAGCAACCAACCCUGCAGCUUCUGAACCAGGAACCAUCCGUGGGGAUUUUGCAAUUGACAUUGGCAGGAACGUGAUCCAUGGGAGUGAUUCAGUGGAGAGUGCUAACAAGGAAUCUGCAUUGUGGAUCCCAGAUGGACCUGUGAACUGGCAGAGCAGCCUUCAUCCUUGGAUCUACGAUUUUGUGUGCUUAACGAUCCAGCCUGGUUGGGACAUACCGUCUAGAAAAACAUCGGGAUGGAGUAGCCUCGCGUGCGGGAUACAGUAG